AUGAGGAAGGGUGUUCCUGGGGAGAAUGCAGAAGCCAAUGUCCCGAACGAUGAAUCCCCCCACAGUGGAAUCCCAAACUGGCAAAACCAAACGUGCCAAAUUAGCCUCAGUGAAGAACCCCUUAUGGAGAGGAAGGGAACGAAGAAGAGAUCCAGAAGGUCCAAAGUAAAAAGGAAAAAUAAAAUUUUCGGAGGCAUUGUAAAGAAAGGAGGGAUCUCAUUCGAUUUGGAGGUUGAGGCCCGUCGGAUUAAGGAGACCCCCUUCUGUGCCUACUCGCUGGUGGACUUGCUUAACAGCCAUAACGCUGCCAGGGGGGAUGGGCAAAAGACAACUGUGGGGGAGGGCAGAGAUAUGCUGUGGUGUGCCUGCGACAUGCACCACGAUGUUAAGCGCUUCACCGAGUAUGUGGCAUUUUUAAGGGGGCAGGAAAAGAGGCAGGGGGAAACGCGGCAGGAGGGGGAGGCGCAGGAGGAGGCGGACCUGGGCGAAGAAAACGACCGCACGGGUGACAAUCCAUGUGGCCUUCACCCCGACGGAAAGGAGACGCAGGAGGAGUGCCCAAGUGAGGGGUCUCACCAGAAAGCGGAUCGAGGCGGGGAGGAAGACACGCAACAGACGCAAAAGGAAUCGCUCGAUUGUCCCAAAAGGAAUAACUCCACCCGCCGAUGCGAAAACGCAUGCGAUAACGUAUAUUACAACGUUAAUAGAAUUUGGUCUCCCAAUUUCAAUAGACCCUUGGGGGACAUCGGUCGAAAGCUAAUUUUAAAAGAAAUCCGCGAACUGCAUUAUAAGGACGCAGCCAAGACGACCUCUCUUCUCCUGCGCGAAGGAUUGGACUAUGGGAAGGUUCGUUUUAUGAAGGUGAGUGAGCUGUAUCAUUAUAUGUACGCUCUGGGUGUCUUCGAAUACGCUGUUAAGAUCUCCCUCGAGUUUGGCUCUAACAUCAGAAUGAGCAGUGUGGUUUCUCAAGGGAACUACAGAAGCACUUGCAACAAUUUAAAUAAGGGCUACGACUUUUGCUUUAUUUGCUGCUCGCACAAGAACCAUUCUGUGAGCUUCAUCCCCGGGGGGGUCGUCUUGGCUGAGCAUCGGCUGUACCUCCAGAGCUACUCCACAGCUGUAGAAGAGCUGGCCGCACGGCGUGCAGGGAAAGCGGGGGAAGCGUGGAAAGCGGCGGAGACGGGGAAGGCGACGGAGACGGUGGAAACGGCGGAGACGGCGGAGAGCCCUACCCACCCAAGUCGGUGUGAGGGCGCAAAGGAGGCGAACGGAAUGGGAGAAACGAGCGAGGCGAAAGAAGCGAAUGAUGCAAAUGACGCGAAUGAUGCGAAUGAUGCGGCUCUGUUUCCCCGAGCCGACUCAAGUGCCAGACAACAUCUAGUAUUACCCCCCACGGCACCCCCCUUGGAGAACCGAAUAGCUCCUUUAAGGGGUCACUUCCAGACGGGGGGCCGCCACCCUAAGGGAGAAGGCGAAUGCCAAGACGAUGCACACACCAACAGCAGCGCAAGUGAAGCGGAGGAGGAAGAGGACACGCAGGAAAGUUAUUGCAACCGGGAGGAUGUGAAGAAGGGAGAUGAAGACGACAAUGGGAGUAGCGGCAUAGCCAGAGGUACCACCACUGGUGUGAGUGGAAUUACUUUCUGCAACGUUAGUAGCUACUCCUAUGGCUGCACCGCUGGUUACGCCUCGGGAAGUGGCUCCACUCGCUACGCAUGCACCGGUCGAGGACUCACCAGCUUCGCUAGCUACCAACCCUACUUCCAAAAGAACUGUCUGCACAUCCCCGAACUGUUGAGUCGCCCCCAAAGAGAGAAAAUCACCCCGCAGGGUUACCUCAUCGGAAGACACGCCGCUACCCCUGAGGUGCCCCAUUCGUCAACCCUAAAAGGGAAGGUAUGCGCCGAUUGGAAGGAGCUCAUUUGGACCAUUAUUAAGAACGAGGCGCGGAAUUGCACUCAGCGUGGCCAAGAGGAGGGAGGGAAGUCCUUCAAGGGGAGGAACAAACAGUACCAAGCGAACGAGGUGAAGGAUGCGUGUGCCAAUAUUCACUCUGAUAUUGCUCCCAACGGUGGACGCCCCUUCUACAUGGGGCAGGCAAAAGUGUGGAACCCCCCAGGAGAUGCUAAAGGGGGGCAGCAUCACAGCGUGAAGGGAGACGAGGAAAAACUUGCGCGAGGAGAAAAGUUGAAGGGGGGCGAAAGGGAGGUUGUGAAGAAGGAGGAAGGGGGGGUGCGGCCCGGGGGUAGUGAAGUGGAGGAAGGGGGAGCCGUUCGGUUGGGAGGCCCCCCCAAAGGAGACCUCCCCCAAUGCGACGGCCUCCUCACAGAAGACCCCGAAGAAUCAGAACAACCCGAGCGGCACUCCGAAAGCGAAGGAGCGAGGCAGCCAACAGGCAAGACAGACGCACACGCACACGAGGAGACACCGCUAGCAUAA